UGUGCAUAUAUUGAUUUAAUUUAGUGAUGAUAGCAAUGGAAAACUUAGGUAGAUGUGCUAGCAGCAUUGAAGUUGAAAAUGCUUUUGUACAGAGUAUAAUGAUGAUUCCUUUAAUUCUUCAGGUUGAAGAAUCUCUACUGUCGCUUGGUAGCCAUGGGAAUGUUGAUGGAGUUUUCUACUGCAUUUUAAUUAAAGUUAAUGCUUUAGGAAGGGAAACAUUGGCUAGGUAGCAAAAGUCGUAUUCACAAAAGCAGAACUUUUAAUCGCUUUGUAUAUGAUUGUAAAGGUGGCUUGAAUGAAAGUCUAAAAAAAUUAAUAUUUGAGCUAAAUAAAAAUGAUUUUUGCAUUUGUUAUCAUCUAAUUACUGCUUGUCUUCUUAAAGACCAAUUAUGGGAGGGCAUUCAUCAAGGAAACAAAAAGUAUUUUAUUUGCCAACCUACAGAAAAAGCAGCUGAAUGGGAGAGUUCUCUUAUGCUUCACAGAAGUAACCCCCAGGGAGCUUCAAUGUACGGAAAACUUUGGAGUGUAUUGUUAGAAAAUCCAUCAUUAGAAGAUCAGUUUAGAAUUCUUUCCGAUAUUCCCAACCAUCAUAAAUGGAAAUGGGAUAAACCUCUUAAAAUUCUAAGAUAUGAACAGAAAUUUUCGAAUUCAUGCAGGUAUUUUCCUGGUUCUCCAAGAAACCGAAUUCUUCAGGCCUCUUUUUAUCGAGUUGGCUCUGAAGUUUCAAAAGCAAAAAAGAGUAGAAUAUCUUUCGAAGAGUGUUCUCUUGACCAUGAGUUUCAAUAUAAUUACUUACCUUGUGGAAAUAAAGUUGUUUCAAACAAUAUUGGUACAAUUUCUAGUAAUGAGGUUUUUUGAAUACUUUUGUGCUGAACUUUUUAGUCAUGGUGUUCUGUGUUGGCGUGUUAGAAAACCGUCUUUAAAUAUAUGUGUCAUGAACAAUUACAAUCAUGAGAAUGGUAAUUUUCAAGAUAAAGAGUUUGUUCAUGUAAAAGCAGAAACCAUAUGUUCUUCGACUAUAUACAACUGCUCGUGUAAAACAUUCUCAUCGUGCUUUUUUCAAUCAGAAGAUACAACAAAUGUCAAUAAUUGUUGUCAUUGUCGGCUGCUAAACCAGUUAAUGCAAAUGCUUAAUGAUCCUAAAUUCAUCCCAGAAAAUAGUUUAUUAAGCAAAAAAAAACUUAUGAAUAGUUUAAUCUAUCUCACAUCAAAUGUUUUUAAGUUAACUUCCAAAUCUGGAGUUGAAAGAUAUUCUGUAGUUGCUGAUUCCUGUGCUUUUGUUACGAUUUUUGAAAUUUUGAAAUCAUCACGCAAAGUAAUCAAAUGUCAUGAUUCAGAGUGUCAAGUAUCUGAAGGAUCUACUCGUCAGAUUAAUAAUCUACAAAAUGGUUGCUUAUGUCCGCACCUAAAAGUCUUUAGAGAAUAUUUUUAUCUUCUUCAAAACACAGGAGAAUCAAUUUCUAAUGACUCUGAGUUAGAAGAUAAUAUUCAUUUACCAAGGGAAAAGUGGGAAGAUGUUUUUAAUGUUGCAUCUGGUUUAUGGACAUUUGGAAUUAAUGCACCAAGUAAAAAGACUGUUUCUCAUGACCAAUUUAAUAAAAAGUUUAGCAGUGACAUUGUAAAUAGGCAGUCUGCUACCAAUGGACAUCGGUUUAUACCUUCUAUUGAUCUAGACAUCUGUGACUGUGGUGCUGGGUGGGUAUCUGAAUCUGUUUUAUCUGGUUAUACAGAAUUUUACCAUAAAAUAAAUAUGUAUACAGAUUGGGAAGUAAUUGAAUGUGAUAUUUUUUUGAGAAAAUGUUUAUCCAAUACUUGUACAUCUUAUUGGGAUGGCUGUGAAGACUCUGUUUUUUGUUUAUCUAAAUCCACUUGUGCAGGUUAUGAAUUAGGUUGGGAGUUUGUUGAUUUUGUUUUGUCGAAAGGAACAUUUAGUGGUUUUGUUAGUUUGUAUUCAAACAAAUAUAAACGUAGAAGUACCUCUCUUUUGCCAUUUAUGUCUACACAGACAUUUAUUGAUUGGUUUUUUGCUUGGGCUUCCCAUAUGCACAUUGACUUUAGAGAAAAAUGUCAUAUGUGCCCAGAAAAUCAACAAAUACCAGUUUUAGCAUGUGAUGCAACUAAAAUCGGAAUCAGCUUCAAAAAUUCAUUUGUAAAACCUAUAGAGUCACCUGAACUUAAUGAGAUUAUUCCUACACCGUUGCGACGACUAGAUAGGUCAUUUAUAUUUAAUUCCAUAAAAUUAGAUUCUAAACAGUUUUCAGAUGCUAGGGUUUAUCUAAGAAAGGUUUGUAUUUUUAUUCUGUCUGUUGACAACUCUGAUUUUAUAAAUUUUGAUGCUGAUACAUUAAAGUUGAACUCAAUUCUUGUGGACUACAUUCCUCCUGAAUGCGUACCAUCAUUUCAGCUAAUGGUUUCUGAAUCACCUGUUCCAAAUCUUUUGCGAUUGUCUUAUGCCAAAGUUUUUAAAAUUCUUGCUGCUGAUAGCUCCCUAGAUUCAUUAAUUCCAUUGCGAUUUACUGAUGAAAUUGUUUGUAUAUGUGAACAAUUUUUAUCCAAUCAGGGUGAUUGUGAACUUGUUGUUAAAUUUUGUUAUUUAUUGCGUUGUUUUUCUCCAGAGCUAGCAAGACUCGUUGAAAUAUCCUCCAACUUCAACAAUACACCUUCUGGUGAUAUUUUGGUAUUAAUACAAUAUUGUUGCAACUUUGUAAAAAAAAUUCAUUUUAGUGAUGUUCAACCAAAUAAUGCAGAAGUCAUUGAAGGUACUUAUAAUCCACCACGAUAUGGUAGAGCAUAUUAUUUUGAAAAACAUGGGUGCCAAAUAAGGAAAAUGCGAUUGUUUUCUGCAGAUAAAAACUCUAAUAGUAACCUGUUUGAUGAUAUUCCAUCAGAAAUUUGCAAUAAAGUGUUUCCACAAGUAUCAAAAAAAGGUGUAUCUUUUCUUUUUUUAUGGUUUUGCCCUAUGCAUGGCCAUUGCUAUGGGUUCCAUAUUAUUCCAGGAUCUGAGGGAAGGAAAGACCCGCAUGCUUCAUUGUAUACGCACCUUGAAAUUGCUCCGGAAAAUGUUGUUUAUGACUUUGCUUGCAGCUUGUCAGAGUUUUGUCAUAACCGUGAAUCUGGAUAUUUUAAAAAUACCUCUUUUUUUCAUGAUGUAUUUCAUGGUUAUACGCACAAAUGUGCAGAUGUCUUUCGGUGUAACCGUUUGGGUAGUUUUUAUCCAAUAAAUUCAUCUAUCUGCGAACAAUUUAAUAGCUUUUUACAAAAUAUAAAAUCUUCUGCUAAAUUAAUGACACAAACUCAUUUUUGUUUUUAUCUUCAAUUUUUUAUAUAUAUUUGGAACCAGCGGAAAAAAAAUUUAUUUGAAAAAAGAGUUAUUGUAUCUGAAUAUACUAAAGAUUGACUAAAGUGGAACAUAAUGUAUAGUAUAAAACUUGCUGAAGUCAUUUUUAAAAAUCAGGUGCCAUUAUGGUUGACUUUAAAAAAUUUACUGUAAUCAAUAUGUUUAAUAUAAACUGUAAUCAAGAUGUUACAGAAAACUAUUUAUUAUUUAUAUUUUAGUUAAAAAAAAAUUUCUUUAUA